AUGCAUCGCCACCUUGAAAAAGACCAACCCCCACAACUGCUACAGCCAACCGACAUAGCCACCCACCGAUCCAUCUCCACCAACGUGCGUGCCACCGCCUCUUCUCAACUGAUACCACCUGUAACUACGCAUAGACACACAGAGGACGAUGAAUUGAACAAGAACAUUGGCUCUGAAUACCAGGACAUUCAAAUCAGAACACUGACCAAAUGGAUGAACGUUCAAUUAAACCAGCUCAAUGAAUCCGUUUCCAGCAUCGACAAGGAUCUCAAGGAUGGUACAAAGUUAUUAAAGUUACUGGCCGUGGUAGCAAAUCAACCCAAUUUGAAACCAGAGAGGGGAAAUAUGCGAAUUCAUCAGUUGUCGAAUGUAGCACAGGCAUUAAAGUUUUUGCAAGAUCAGUGGGGAGCUGAUAGUCUGCCUGCUGUGGCAAGUGAGGCUAUCGUCAAUGGAGACGUCAAGAGCACUUUGGCCAUUACUUUUUUCAUUAUGCUCAAGUACCAGAUACAGCCCAUUCUGUUGGAUCAACCCACCACAUCUCUGCUCAAAGCACCGCCACCAUCACCACUGCCCAGCAACAGCACCUCGCGCACACUGAAUGGAGGCAAACCCAUGAUGGAAGCCAAACUAGCACUGCUGUAUUGGGUGCGCACACAACUCGAGGACUAUGUUCACCAUCACAUCAUCACCACAGUGCAGGAUUUCUCCAGGUCAUGGCGAUCCGGAUUGGCAUUUUGUUUACUGAUACACAGACAUGAUCCAGAUCUACUUCCAACACUAUUCACAGAGCAUAUGAAACACGCAUCUAAUAAAGAGACAUGGAAAAUACUAUUAAAUUUGGCGUUUCAGGUGGCUGAAAAGCAUAUGAACAUACCAAAGUAUCUGGAGCCAGCUGAUUUAUUGGUUGAAUACCCUCACGAACCCUCUGUCAUGAUGUACGUAAGCGAAAUGUACAAGGUCAUGUCGAAACUGCAGCAGGACACGGCAAAAAAGAACAGCAAACGAUUCAGCGACAUGGCAUUAGUAGCACCAGCAGUAGAACAACAGGCCACCACCACCGCCACCACCACUGCCACCUUGUCACCGCCCAACCCGACUAUUUGUGCUGAAAAGGAAGCAACAGAGGAAGAGGAGGAGGAGACAGAGGAGGAUGAAUCGCCAGGCACACCGCAUCCAGAGAUUGUGUUCGAUAGCCAGGAUAUCCAUCAGCAGCUAGACACACUGACCGUCUUGCUACAGCAUCCACAGCAAGUGCCACUCCAAGAUGCCAACAAAUCGCGCGUCUUGCUAGAUCAUGCUGAACAACUGAUCCGCCAACUGGACCCAUCUUUAGAGGAGAACCAAUUGCUGACAAGUCGAUAUAGCCAACUGAAGCAGACCUGGGAGCAGUUAUCAAAACGACUGCAAGUGAAGCCACAUGUAUCCACCUACAUCAACGAAUCAAAACUAGUACCCAUGAAUGAUCAGCACGAGCCUCUGCAUCCGCUGGACGGAACCGUUGCCAUAGCAGAGGAAUUUGUACAGUCGUUAUCAGGAGCAACAGACGAGGAUAGAGCCCAGCUACAGCACACUUGCGACUUGUUUCAGCGUGGUACUCAAUUUGGACAACUUACAUCUGCCAUCAACGAUGAACUAGACGUCAUUCAGCAACUGAUGAGCAACAGUGGUACAAGUUCUGUCACAGAUCAAUUAAUUCAAGGUUUGGAGCAGCGUAUCCAUAUGGUCGGCGCCACGAUUCAAGGCGUUCGCAAUGAAUACGAGCAAGACUUGUUGAUUGAAUCCAACGACCCUUUUUUUACUCGAUUUAUGGAACGCAUUGACCAGCUGGAAGACCGCUAUGAAACAGUGCGUGAUUGGGUGGAUCAGGUGCGUUCCUGGUUUGUAGAGGCAGAGCGAAUCCGUACCUGGAUCGACAAACACAUACACAUCAUUCAGGAACGAAACGAAGCGGAUGAUAUCAACCCUGUUUCCCGUGAGAUGGCCAUUACAGACAGUGCUGUGCUACAACUACAUCACCAGCACGAACGUCUCAAGCAGGAAAUCGACCAUUUUGAUGCGGAUGAUAUGGAUCGUUUGCGCUCCCACGUCAAGAUGCUGACACACACCACAGCUGAAAAGGAACUGACGCCAGCCGACACGUCCACCAUUGAAAUCACACUUACCACACUCAACAUGCUCAGCCAUCUCACCAAGCUAUUGGAUGACCGUUCACAUUGGAUCCAACUGCUGUUGUUGCGCGUUAAAUGGGAGGAUUUGUUUGGACAAGCUGUGCAAUGGAUCGCCAUGACCGACGAGCAAAUGGACGCCUUUCUCAGAGAAAAAGCGAGAUGGUCUGAAAAAGACGAAGCAAACUACACCAGCAGCAAUGACGAUGACGACCCCAUGCACGACAAGGGUAUCGAAAGUGUAAUCAAGACGCUGGUCAGUUUGGAACGCAAGAUUGCUGAUUUUGAUCAAGGCGACUACUCGGAAGUCUUGGAUGCGUAUCAAGAAAUGGAGACACUCAAAAGCCAAGCACUGCCAGACUAUCUUGAAGUGCGUCAAUUGGGUUUUGAAAAGGCCUUUGAAGAUUUGAUGAAGCGUUCUGGGUUCAGCAGAAAAGUAGUAGAGCAGUUGUUGUCCAUGAUUAGCACGGUGGAAAAGUUCAAGAAGCUGCGUGAUGUGGGAGAAGAGUUACGACAUGUGCUAAUGAACGAGGCGUUCGGCACAGUGACAGACGAAGACGACGAAUAUGCAGAGAAGGUGCAACUGUUCAAGGAAGAGUCGGCUCGAUUAAUCACCAAUGCCAGUACGUGUAUUCCGUAUCCCACUGUACCUGAAAUGUCCACGGCCAUUGGCGCCAACGAUGCUCAUGAUAAUGAAAUCACCAAUGAGAAUAUUAAAAGUGCCAUUAGUGCCUACAGUAUGUCACUUGCCCUUAUUGCGGAUGGCCUGGAUCAGCUUCUCACAUCAAGGUACCAAGUCAUGUCGUUGCAGCAAAGAGCCAGUGAAGCUUUUGAGGCAAUGAGUCGAGUCAAACUAUGGAUGGAUGAACGCAUCAAGAUACUGAAAAAGACCAAUCUGAAUGUCAUGUUGUAUGAGGAUUCGUUGUGCUUGUCUGCAGCUGAUUCGCCUUCCUCUUCAUCCGAGCUAGGCAAGGGCCAGUCCAUGCAACGAAAGAGCAGUUUCUAUGGCAGCAACAAUGCACAGCUUUCACUGUCCACAUCACCUACCACCACCACCAGUACAUUAGCUGACGACGAGACCUUACUUCGUUUGGAAAAGGAACGUGAUGGAAUUGCCUUGCGACUGCACCAAAUUGAAGCUGAUGAUCUUGCCAAACUGUUCGAUAUGGUACGAAACCUGGAAUAUGAUGUGGAUGCCUCUAAUGCUGUUUCUAUUGAUCGUGAUACACUGGUUCGUGGUGUCGAGAACAUUGAAGAUAGCCAUCAGCAGCUGAAGGAUUUGAUCAGUUUGCGUGGACUCGAAUUGGAUGCGCUCAAGCAUCGCAUUGACUGGGGAAAUCAAUGGCACAAAUCCAACAGCCAUCUUCAAACAAUUGCUCGUAAACUGUGUGAUUUCAAUGUCAAGAAGGCGCGUUAUGAUCCUGCCAAGGAGAAUCCAGAUAAACCGUCGUAUCAGGGCGAUCAUGAAAUCACGCAAUCGCUGCAGUUUCUUCAAGAUCGUGUGGUGGAGCUGGGUGAUCGACACAUGGCCUCACUGGCGGAUAGCUAUGCUGGACUGGCGGAAAGCUACUCAAAGUUGUCUUACCAACAUGUGCCUGAUGCCAUCUCGUCAAAGCAAGCAGACCUGAAGCUGAAAUACGAUGACUUGAGACAUUUGGCUUCAUAUACGGCUGAUCUGGUGACCCAGCGUGCUACUAUCACUGAAUUUCUGCUGCGUGUGCAAGAUGCCUAUCAUGAAGGUGAAAAGAUCAAGGAUGUGGUAUACAAGAAGACGCGUCGUAUCAUGAUGAAGGACGAAGAUGGUGCUCCCUCUUUGGAUGUGCGUGUAGAUCAAUUCAAGCAGGAAAUCAAAAGUCUGUGGCAGGAUUGUGGUAAAAGCAUGAUGUAUCCAGUGUACAAUGGCAAUUGGCUUCGCUCUACCCCUCAGCAACAUCAACAUCAACAGCAACAUCAACAGCAACAUCAACAGCAACAUCAACAGCAACAAGCUGUGUCUGACGGCGGCAACUCCAACUCUGCGUAUCGAUCUCAAGUGCGAGCUCAAAUCAAGGCCCUUUUGGAUAAAAAGAUGCAAGACCUGCACAGUUUGGAGACAUCUAUUAACCAACUGCUGGACUCUUACCGUGAUGCGGAUCGUAUGAAAGCACUUGUCAAUCAAUAUGAGCAAGAGGCUUGUGAGUUGGGUACAUGGAUCCACGAACAGAUUGAAUCCCUCAAACAACAGCACAUUGACGUGUCUGCGGAAAGUUUCUUGGCUCGUGGUCUCAAUAUUUCUGACUUGAAGAAGGCUCAACUUGACUUGUUGAUGCAGGUAGAUACCUUUGAGGGCAACAAGGUCAAGACACUGCAUGACCGCAUUGCUCAAUUGGUGCAAGACUCUGUGGAAAGGAAAAAGAGCCAGUCUGUGGAUGUCUCCUCGGCUGCCCGUCAACUGGGUGAAGUCAUGGAACAGCUCUCUCAACUCAAGCGUGGACUCUCGGACCAAGCUGUCACCCUAGAAGCUGCUGCCAUGAGACAAGCGUGGGAGAAGAACCUUCAACUGGGCAUCACUCGCUUGGAAGAGAUGAAUGAACAGCUGCGUCAGUUUACCACCAAAAAGAACCAAUGGAUCUCUCAAGAUGAACUCACUGAAGACCAUGUACAAGUGCUGCAACAGGAACUCAGUCGCCUGGUGAACCAAAAGAACAAGUUUCAAAAGUCGAUCUUGCCUGGUAUCCAGCUGAGCUAUGAUGCCUUUGUCGAGUACUUUCCAAAGCUGUCUAGACCCAUGGCUACACCGGAUCAUCUGGAAGCGCGUAUGGAGUCAUUGAGUAGAACUGCAGUCAGAUUUCAAGAAAAUGUCGAAGCGAGAUCAAAGGAGCUAGAGUUGAUCAAGCAGCGCAUGCGGUGGGAAGACAUUGUCAAGCAGGCUAUACUGUACCUAUCUGAGCAAGAAGCCGUGAUGGAAGCCUUUGUGGAGGAAAAGGCCAGGUGGCAAAGUGAUACGCAAUCAUCCAUUCAGUCGGAUGACGACGAGGAGACCGUGUUGCGCACGGAAUGGUCCAGCAUCUAUUCCAACUUGAAGGAUUACGAAGAGAAAACCAUUGUACCUCUGCAGAAAUGCUUUGCCUCCCUUGUCGAUGAAUCUACCAGUCAUUUCAACAACAACAGUAUCACGCUGUUGCCAAAUACUGUCAUGAAGAAGAUGCAAGACGUGCAAGCAGCGCAAGAGAGAACAAGCUACUAUCUCGAUUUCUCCAACCAAGUGGUAACUCAACGCUGUCUGGUCUCUGCCUUCAUUUUGAGAACGGCUCAAUUGGAACAAUCUGCUGAACUGAUCCGCGAAGAGUUCAUAGCAACCAAGAUAGCAGGUGGCAACGCACACAUUGCAAAUCUGCUGGAAUCUCAUACAGAGCGAUUGGACAAGUUCAAGGCAGGUAUUGACGAUGUACGUGACCACUUGGCUACCAGUAUCCCUUAUCCAGUGCGAUCCUUGGAGACGAUUUCAACGCAAGCCAAGAUCAAGGACGAAACCACCAACAAGGUAAUCCGUGAUACCAUUGAUAUGCGGAACACGCGUUUGGGUGAACUGUGGGCUAGCUUGCAACAACUGCUUGAAUCCAAAGAGCGCGUUUCUCGUCGCAGACUAUCGCUACACUCUUUCAAGAAGCAAGCGCAGGUGGCAGAAGCCUGGAUAGGCUCUCGACAUGAUAUCCUCAACAACAGCAACGCUUAUAUGCUGCUGCCCGAUAAGGUGGUUGACAUGGAGAAAUUAAAAGAGGCUGUCAGUCAAGCAGAUAGCGUAGAGCGAGCCAUGAAGUCCAAUGAUACCGUACUGUCCUCGUUGAAUGCUGUGUUUGACAAGUGUAUUUCUGCUUUUGAAGACACAUCACUGGACCAGGAAGACGAAGAGGAAGGCUUGCAAGACGAGGAUCAUCAAGACUUGGUUGAACAAGUGUCUCAAAUUGUUGUGCCUACUCAAAAGCGUAUCAGCCAGGCUUGGAAUGAUUUAAUGACGGAAGCUACAGAGACCAACAAGAAUCGAACAGCAUUGUUGAUUGAGAACAAAAUCAGUGCGUGGUGCCAGGCUGUCUCUGCUCUGGAAAGCGAGGUACAACAUGCUCACAGCGACACAGCAGUAGAUGAGCAAUUGUCUGCUUGGAGCGACCAAGUGGCUCAUUUCGAGACUAGAGAACACCAGCACUUAAUGGCUGAUGUGGACUCCAACAAAGCAUUACUUUCUGUGGAGCAACUGGCAAACUUGCACCAACAAUUAGAUCAAGGCAUGUCGAUCAUUGCUGCCAUCCACACUGCCUUGGAUCGACUUCAACAAGACUUGCAUCUGGCUCAAUUGAUUCAAAAGUAUGUUGCUGACAUUGCCAGCUUGCAAACGUCCAUCCAACAUGAAAUUGAUUCACUGCAAGCUUUAUACGAAAGCCACAAGCGUGUCGCUCAUGAAGGCACCUUUGAAGACAGAUCGACGCAACAUCAGGACCUUGUCUCCAAAUACAAAUUGAGUGCUGAUACAGUGUCUGAUCUAAAAUACGCCUUUGAUGAUGUCGCUGGCCAAUACAACAUCGUUACCGAGUCUAAUCAAGAUUACCACAACCCAAAACAGCCUCAGGUCGCAGAGGAUUGGAGCACCCUGACAAGCAAAGAAUCACUGGUUGCUGCCCUUAUUGCACGUUCUUCUCAAUGGGCCAAGUUGCUUGAGCUAUUGGGUGUUGUUGAACAGGAGCUGAUGUCUGCCCAAGCUUUAUUGGAUGUUCCUGACCAAACAGAGUACAGCAAGGUGGACGAUAUACUGGACAAGAACGAGGUGUUGCUCUUGGGAGAACUAUCCAACUUGGCCGAUGAUCUGGUACAAGAUCGCAUCAACCAUGAGCCCUACAGCAAAAGACGAGAUACUUCUGUCGAGCUUCUGAAAAGCCUCAAAUCUACAUUGAAGGGCCACAUGGACAACAAAGAAAAGCUGCAAUUGAUACAAAACAUUAAGGACAUUGUCAGCCAACUACAUGCUGACUGCAGCGCACAAUUGAGGGCUUUUGAUGACCAUCUCAACCAUUUUGAUAUGAGUGAUAUGCUUGACACAGCUCAGAUUGAAAAGACCAUUGAAGCCUGUACUGCCAUGUGCAAGAAUAUGGACGACCAAUACGCACACUGUCAAGACGAAGUGGAAUCUCUACGACUGAAACAUGGCGCUCAACUGACAAGCAUUCUUGGUUGCUCACAAGCCGAAGUUGAUGAACUGCUGGAGCCCAUCACUACAUUGGUACAACAACUGGUGGACGGAUCAUUGUCUGAAAAAGCGUGUAUUUCUAUUGCGACGCUGUUGUCUCGAUACGUACAACAAGAAGAUUCUAUCAUAGAUACAAUCAGCAGUUGCACUGCCAAAUUUGACUGCACGGAUCGUUCAGACCAUAUGAUAUCACACGUUGAACAUCAGUUGGAGUCUCUGGUGGAGGCUAUUCAGGAGCUGAGUACCUUGGGACGUCAAAUUGCCGAUUACGAUACUGCUGGAUUAAUGCAGUCUGCUACUCGCAUGAAGCACGUCAAUCAACUCAUUACUGCAUCUGAAAAGAAGCUCGAUGAUCAGUAUUCCGCGCUCAAAUCCAAGGUUCAACAGGAAAGAGAAGCGUUAGACAAGAUCAACCAGCGUCUCCAUAUUAUCUCCAAGAUUAGGGACAACUUGCAGUAUGUGUCUGACACUGUAGACAGAGUCAAUUCAUUGCAGGUGACUGGAAAGGGCAUCGCAUCAGAAGUCAAGGAGUUGCAAGACUUGUGUCAAGAAUUUGAAGACGUAUGGGGCAAGAAAAAGGCGGCAUUGGAUCAGUUGAUUUCCGCCUGCAAUGUCAGUGAUGAACAAAUGGACGAUCUCCUUUCUCAAUUAGCAGCUGAAUACGGCCAUCUUUUGAUUUUGAUGACUACCAAGAAGAAGGAGGCAAAUGAUGAAGGUGACCUCUCUGAAUUCUUACACAUCAUGGAUGAAUUUAAUGACAAUAUCGCGUCCCUUUUGUCUGCCAUUGAGAACGCCUCUCCUUAUCACUCCAGCAUAAUCAACAACAAAUUUGUCAAAUCAGAUCUUCAGGCUCUACUCAAAUCGCUUGUCGCUGCAUUCAAACACCAUCAGCAGAUCAUCAAUGGCAUCUUGGAUCGUGCUCGUACAGAAUCGAAAAAGCAAUGUUUGGAUGGCAAUGAUCGUGUCGGCAAAGAGCUGCAAAGAGCUACCAAGAAAUGGACUCAGACUCAGGCAUCUGCUGCUGCUGCUGAAAGAGAAUUACAAACCUGUAUCAGUCAGCUGGAUCAUGAAUUCUUUACCAAGCUCGCCAUUGCUAAAAAUACACCUCGCAAUACACGUAGAGUACUGCAAUCAGUUGCUGAAGCUACUACUUCCAAGAAGUUUCCUGUGCCUGCUACAAAUGGACGAGGCUUUAAUGCGCCAUCUCCCUUCUCUACACAUUCCAGUAGUAACAACACCAACACUAGACGACAGCAACCAGGAUCAUCGUCAUCCUCAUCGAACCACAGAAUGCGACCCACAUAUGUCCCUGAUCCUGACAAUGAACUAGACAUGCAAUUGAGUCAUAUUGUCAAUAACUCGCCAUACCGCGUCACUGUCAAGAUUGUGCCUGACCAAGUGGGAAAAUAUUGGUUUGGUGAAGUGAAUCCAAGACUCGUCUACUGUCGUAUUUUACCGAGUCAGUUGGUCAUGGUGCGUGUGGGUGGUGGAUGGGUGGAGCUUUCCAAAUUUUUGAGAGAUCACGGUCUGACAGAAGGCGCCUCUUACUCAAGACCAGACUCAGUCAAUGACAAUCCAUCGGAUCAUGUACCUCCAUUCCAAGAGGCUUGCCUACAUACAGUACGAUCUGCUUCUCCAUCAGGUAGAGUCACCAUUCGUGGUGGCGGUGAUAGUGUGGACAGAAAUAGCAGCAGCUUGGCAUCUACACGAUCUUCAAGCAAAUCAUCUGGCAGUCGAUCAAGAUCACCUUUACCGGGCUACGUCAAUGGCGACAAGUUUAUCAGUCUAGAUGAAGCUGGUAACCAGAUUAUUGUGAAAAUGAAGAAGGCCGAUAACGAUGCCAAAAUGCCCAUUGUUAACAAAAAGAGGCAAUAA